AUGGACUACCAAAGAAGAGGCGCGUCCAUCGCCUCCGCCGGCAUCAGGAUCCUUUCAUAUUUCUUUCUUCGUUGGGCUGCUUUGCCACCUGCUGUAUAUAUCGUCUAUACACUUUUCGCCAUCUACGUACCGACCUUCAUCUCUCUCUGGAUAAAGGAGCCAGAAGUGGCUCUGGUCGACCAAGUGGACGUUACCGUCACAGAUAAGCUACUCAAUGAGGAUGAAGUGGCCGGCGGCGAGGAAGAUGAAGUUCUUGUAGAGGAAGAGGUUGACAUCGAAGAGACAGUUUCCCUCGUCGAUCGUGCCCCGACGCCCAUCAGAACUCUCAUCAACGGUCUGCCCAACCCAGCAAGCAAAUUGCCUUCCCUCAUCACCUUCUUGAUCAAUGCAGCAUGUCUGGCUAUGAUCACCGAUGUCGUCUACAGACCGCGUUGGCAAUAUCCCAGCGAGGAUUUGUCCUUUGCAAGAAUAGGCUAUGUUUCCGACACGGAAGCACGACUGCUGAUCCGAGAGCCAGAUCAGUCCAAGAUGCCUGUUACUGUUCAGGUGCACAUCAAGGAUGCUCAGCCGCCCUUUGACAACCCACUAUGGCAAACCGCUGGAGGCGUUCGAUGGACCACGAACGUGACUGACUAUACAGCCGCCGUCACCAUCCCCCUGACACACUCGAAACAGCGUACAUAUGAGUGGACCACCUCAAACAACCACUCCGGCGAAUUUACGAGUGCGCCAAAGCCAGGUGUCAUGCCAGACUUGCACGAUGGAAAAUUCACUUUCUUGGCUACCUCGUGUAUUCUUCCCAGACUGCCCUACAAUCCCUUGGACCAUCCACUGGCCAUACCGGGAAUGAGGCAUCUCGCCAAGGUUCUUCCCUCUCUGGGAGCUCAGUUCAUGUUGUUCAUGGGCGACUUCAUCUAUAUUGAUGUCCCGAAUUUGUUUGGAGGUAACGUAGAAGACUACAGACAGAAAUAUCGGCAGGUGUACGCCUCGUCAGACUGGGCCCCAGUAGGUCAGAAUUUGAGCUGGAUUCACGUUCUUGAUGAUCAUGAAAUUCUCAACGACUGGGAUGCCAAGUCCACCGGAGUCUAUAAGACAGCCGUCGAACCUUGGCACCACUACCAAACAGAAGUCAACCCGCCCCGCGCCAAGAGAGCAGGAACCGCAGGUGCUGUUAGCCGUGCUGGAGCCACAUACUUCUCUUUCGCCCAAGGUCCUGCCAGCUUCUUCCUGAUGGACACUCGUAGCUACCGCUCCAAGAACAACGAGCCCUUUGAAAGCGUCAACAAAACCAUGCUUGGCGAGGACCAGCUAGAGGACUUUCUGUACUGGCUGCGUCGUCCAGAACCACAAGGUGUCAAGUGGAAAAUCGUCGCCAGCUCUGUUCCGCUCACUAAAAAUUGGCGUGUCAACACCAAGGACACGUGGGGAGGUUUCCUCCAAGAGCGCCGCACUAUUUUGGAGGCCAUGUGGGAUGCUGGUGUAGCAGGAUACGGUGUCGUGGUCUUAUCCGGAGACCGCCACGAGUUCGGCGCAACCGCCUUCCCGCCUCCCAAGGACAGCAAAUGGCCCGAGAGUGUUACUGUGCAUGAGUUCUCAGCAAGCCCACUGAAUCAGUUCUACUCUCCCAUCCCAACAUACAAGCAAACAGAUGAGGAGGACGUGGAACUCAAAUAUAUCAACACUGGCAACUCCAAAUUUGGAUCAUUAACCAUUGAGAAUCGAGCAGACGGUGAGCGUAGCAGCUUGCUCUACCAACUCUUUAUCGACGGUAAGGAGAAGUGGAACACCGUCGUCGUAACUCCUGAAAUUGUCAACGGCGCGAAGCCUUCCAUCUCCUUCUGGGAUAGAGUUCGGGGAGCUGUGUCUGCUUAG